UGCCAUCGCCGAUUCCCCUCUCGGCGAGCCUCCGCGAACUCAGUAUUUUCGUGUGCGAACCCAAUCCCUUCGUCCACAGCUCCAGCUCGGUCUCUUCGAUUAGGCUCGAUCAAUAACUACCAUGGCCGGCGCUCUUCGACGUACAAGUAGUGAGGGGCUCUUUCUCUCUCUCGUUGGCGCGGUUUGCUGCUGCGCGUCGUCCGACGCCGCAAAUGCUUCUUUGAAGCAUCGUCCUUGCUUGGCAUUGGUCUGUCGAAGACAGCAACCCCCCAGACACAGUGCAAUGCAGACGGCAGCAGAGAAACUAGUGGUGCCCAGCCGCCAACCGGGGAGAGGAACCCAAUGGACCCUUGUCCAUCACCUCCCUGCAAUCAGAUCCCGGGCCUCAGCUGAAUGCACGCCUGCGGGGGCUUCCCGAAGGACAACGGCAGAGUGUGAAGGACAUUCCCGGCGAUGCGACACAGUCCCGAUGUGCGGUUCUCGAGAGACGGUACACAACAGUCAGACGGAUCUCGUCGACCAUCAGACCCGGGCAGCCCUUCACACACGCCUCGAGGUUCUGGGGGCGGCGGGCGCCAUCGAAGAUCGCCCAAGCCCUAUCCAGGAAGGGCAAGGUAAGCAGAUUAAGCGGGCGGGAGGCGCAAAUGGCCCAUGCGCCGCGCGCGGAGGUGCGCAAAUGCCAGCGCCAUGGGAUAGGCAGGCUGUCAUUGUCAAUGCAAUGCACGCGAACGGGUCGGGAACAAGCCUACAUAUCCCGUGCUUAGUGCUGUGGUAUUUGGCCACUCGCCGCUUCAACAAAUAUAACACAAGUGGUAUUAUUAACGACGGGAAGACACCGUGUUGAUCUCUGCCACGAUAUCUUACGGGGAACAAAAAUGUCAAACCUCAAAGUUGCGGAGGAGGACUGAUAGGCGAAC